AUGAGAAAAAAAAAGGAGCAGAUUGAAUUUGACAAUAGUACUCGAAACGUGAUAAGCUCCAAGAAUGAGUUUUCAAAUGAACGAAUAAUUCAUUUCGUAGGAGCGCCGAUGGAAAAUGUUUUUUCUAUGCAAAAAAAUCAUUUGAGAAUUAGGCGAUGUGAGAAAGUGGAAAUUUCCCUCACAAAUCUCAAUGAAAGCAGUUUGAGAAGAUUAAGUGUUGAAACACUUGAAUUCUUCAUCUAUUUAUUAAUCAACAAUAAUGAGAUCAGUUUUACGGACAUACUCAACAAAUUUACUAGAACAACGAAUGAUAUAUGA